CAACCUUGGCUAGCCAUAUUACUCCUGGCUUACAGCCGUUAAUUGUGCAACUGGGUGCACAACUAUUUUCUCCCUGUGACGUGCUUCGUGCAUGCAAAGUCAUCACACAACGGCAUACAGUCAGCACCAUCAGUGGAUCGCAGGACGCACAGACUGUCUUCAUUACCCGACAAGUUCAAAUAGAUUUAUAUAUAUUACUUAUAAGACUCCUUUGAAAUAGGUUAAGUUAUAAAAUGCUAUCGAUAUGACUCGACUGUACUGAGUUGAGGACUUUUUACAUCACCAACAAGCAAGUUGGCGAGCGGCUCAUACGGGGAACCACCAUUCACUCUGCAGAUGAAGACUAUGUCACGUUUACAACAAGUUGAAAUUACAUCUUUACUCAACGAAAUCCCUCGGUCACCAUAGAAAAUCGUAUCGUCUGGAAAAUGCAUGCGUUUGAAAUAUCAUCUGGGAAGUAUCGAUUGUAAGUAUGUAGAUGACCAUUGGUGAGGAAACAACCUGCGAAUGAUCAACCAAGGAAAAUCAAACAAGGCACCAUCAUGAACUCAGAAACACCCAAACGUCGGAAGUUCUCCCAAGACAGUGGUGUGGAGCAACUGCAGGAUUUGUACCAGCAUCGUUGUAGUCUGCCUAUCUACCCAGCCAGGGGGAAACUGAUGAGAGAACUGCAGAAGAAUGCCAGCUCCAUCGUGAUUGGGGAGACCGGUAGUGGCAAGACGACACAGAUCCCUCAGUACCUGGUUGAAGGCAACGUAUGUAAAGGAGGUAUGGUAGCUUGCACCCAGCCUCGUCGUGUGGCAGCCAUCUCCAUAGCAACACGUGUGGCAAAAGAAAUGAAUGCAAAUCUUGGAGAGGAGGUUGGAUACUGUGUACGAUUCGAUGAUACGACAUCUGCCAAGACCAAAAUUAAGUACAUGACGGACGGCAUGCUGUUACGAGAAGCCAUCUUAGAUCCUAAACUUUCCAGAUACAGCAUUGUAAUCUUAGAUGAAGCUCACGAGAGAACGGUCCACACCGACGUCCUGUUUGGUGUUGUCAAGAAGGCACAGAAGCAACGAUCUGGAAAUGACGCCAGAACUCUGAAGGUCAUUGUCAUGUCUGCGACGAUGGACGUCGACCAUUUCUCCCUGUACUUCAACAAUGCUCCUGUUCUCUACCUUCAAGGAAGACAACACCCAAUACAGUUGCUUUAUUCCAGCGAGUCCCAGACUGACUACCUCUUUGCCGCAAUGGUGGCCAUCUUUCAGAUUCAUCAGAAGCAGCCAGCGAGUGAGGAUAUGCUGGUGUUUCUGACGGGUCAAGAGGAGAUCGAAACCCUUGUGAGAUCCAUCAAAGAAGUUGCUAGAGACCUUCCGUCAGAUUGUCCUGGCCUGGUUGUAACUCCCAUGUACGCAGCCUUACCAUCACAUCUGCAGUUGAAAGUCUUCCAGCCUACUCCACCCGGCAAACGAAAGAUAAUUCUCUCCACUAACAUCGCGGAGACAUCGGUGACUAUUCCAGGUAUCAAGCAUGUGAUAGACACUGGCAAAGUCAAAGCAAAGAGUUACCAGCCAGGGAGUGGGUUGGAUAUGCUCAAAGUUCAAUGGGUCUCUCAGGCUCAGGCCUGGCAGCGGACGGGCAGAGCAGGGCGAGAGGACAGUGGCACUUGCUGGCGACUGUACACCGAGAGUGAGUUUUCUCGUCUGCCCGUCAACACUAUUCCAGAAAUACAGAGAUGUAACCUUGCUAACGUGGUGUUACAGCUGCUUGCUCUGAACAUAUGUGACGUGUUGACCUUUGACUUCAUGGACCCUCCAUCAAAAGAGUCUCUACACAGUGCACUGGAGCAGUUGCAACUGUUGGGUGCUGUGGAUAAGGAAAACAAUCAACAGCUGAUGCCCAUUGGCCGAGAGAUGUCAGUAUUUCCUCUGGAACCUAGACUUGCUCGAGUCAUCCUAGCUUCCAAGCAGCAUGGUUGUCUCGAGGAAAUUUUGACCAUUGUGUCCUUGCUGUCUGUUGAGUCGAUCCAACACUCGCCUCAGAACAAGAGGGAAGCUGCCUUGGCUGCUUGGAGAAAAUUCCAAUCCAGUGAGGGUGAUCAUUUGACCUUGCUGACGAUGUACAGAGCUUACAAAGCAGUCAAGGGAAACAAGGAGUGGUGUUUUGAAAACUUUGUGCAUCAACGUAACAUGCGGCAUGCCAUGGAGAUUCGGGCCCAGUUGAGGGACCUGUGUGUCAAGGCUGGUUUGCCCAUCAUGUCAUGUGGUCAGGACACCACGCCAGUCAGGAAAUGCCUUGUUCAGGGACUGUUCAUGAAUUCUGCUGAGUUGCAGAGAGAUGGCACGUACUUCACACUUGAUCGCAAGCAGACAGUCAGCAUCCACCCCUCAUCCUGUCUCUUCCAAUGCAAACCAGCAUACCUCCUUUAUGGUGAACUCGUCCAAACCACCAAGUGUUACAUGAGAAAUGUGUGUGUCAUCGACCCUCAGUGGCUCUAUGAUGUCGCCCCAGAUUACUUCAGACAGAGAGUGGCUAGGAACAGGUGAUGAGGUAAUGCGGAGAACAGGGACCUAGAUUCUUUAACCACUUGAGCUUAUACUCAGGGAGAGAAAAUGUUCGAUGCACGGUGACCCAAAUACGAUGGAAACUCAGCUUUGUUGACAAGGGCCCAUGUCAAACCAUAAUAACUUUCCAGUGCCUCACAAGAUUAGCCAAUUUAGAUUCAUACCCUGUCAUCCCGAAUCCUUGAUUCACAGUUCAGUUUUUGUCAAUUUGUAGUGCAAGUACAUGUAAGUGCCUUCACACCACAGAUGUGCAUUUGCUGGUGUACCCAGGGCAUAGUGACCUUGACCUAACUGCAAGCCAUUUCACAUCCUACGUGCUCACACACAUUUUUAUUCUUCAAAUCUAAAAUGAGAAUUUCAGUCUUCCUCAUUGUCCUAUAAACAUGAACAGAAUGAA